AUGCGUGGUAAAACGACGGGGGAACAGGUUGAUGUCCCUGAACCGCCAAAGCCGCUCUCUGAUGGGGCCAUUAGGUCACGCUUGAACAGGCUCCUGAAGCGUCGAGCUAAUGGAAGCUCCCUGGUCCCUGAAGAGGUUUUGGUGGAUUGGGAAAGCGAAGAUACGAGAAACACCAUCAAGAAGAUGUUUGAGAAAGCUGGUUACGACAAGGAGUUGUUCAUUCGCAAAGUCAAGAGGGUCUAUCAGGAGAUCUCCGAAAACUCUUUUGAGACCAACUGGGAGUUCUUGAGUGUGGAGGAUAUGAAAGAGAAAGGUUGGAAGAGCAUCUACGGCGAAGGAUGGCUCUACUGGACGCUGGUGAGCACAAAGGGACAACAAAAGAAACUUGGAUUUGCAGACCAGGCAUGCUACCAGCGCAUUCAAAGACUGCGGCGUGACGUGCGCAACUUAACUUGGACAAACUUGAACACGCGCCGCUCCAUGCUUGAGCGCACGAUCGAGGAUGAGAUGGAGAGCGGCGAUGAGGAAAAAAUGGAAAUCUCCGAUGAGGAGAAUGACUUUCCCCCUUUGCCUCAGAAGGGACGUCAUGGGGGUGAUUCCGAUGGUGAAGAGUUCUCAUCAGAUGAUGGGGAGGAGGCAGAGAGCAUGAUGAAGAAGCUUAACUUCCCAAUGGUUGAGAAAGAGGUCCAGCCUGCGUCGGUUGUGCCCAAAGUAAGUGUUGCUAUCCAAAAGCGUGUGGCAAAGUUGGCGGAACACAAGAUGACGUUGGAAGCUGUUAAAAGCAGGUGCAAUGCUAGUCGUGACAUGCACAGCAGAUUUGCCCGGCUUGGCCUGUCGAUGCCAGUCAACAUAGAGAGAGUAGAGCACCCACUGCAGAAUGGUAAGACCACCACCCACUGGAUCAAACCCAGUGAAUGGGUGAAGGUCCUGAUGAACAAGGCGCCAUAUGCUUUGGUUGGACAGUGUCAGGACCGCUCGUUGCAGCUCCGGUCUUUCUGGGCGGCAUAUGAGCAAAACAACCCUCAACAUGUGGUAUUCCAACACCAUGCAAACGACCUCCACCAAGUUCUUCCAUUGGCCCUGUUUGGCGAUGAGGGUCGUGGGCCCAAACGUGACAAGUUCCUUGUGUGGUCAGUGGAGUGUUUGCUUGGCUUGCAAGACAUGAAAGAUUUUGCUUGCUGCUGUGCUUCGGAGGUUUCAAAAAUGGAGGCAGCUGGUAUUGACACAUGUCGUGCUGAUGGGGUCAUGACCCCUUUGCCUCCAGACCUCUUGCACCGUGUUGCCUUGCAAAGCACAAACUAUAAAGGCCACUCGUAUGUAACUCGCCAUAUGCUGUUUGGGUGGCCUGCUUGCCUGUACAGAGACCCCGAGGUCUUGGACAAGCAUUUGAAACUUUUGUCAAAUGACAUGAUCUCCUUGUUCUGGGAUGGGGUUACAUUGAAAUCAGGCGAACAGAUCUUUGGAGCGCUUUGCGCCGUGAAAGGUGAUAUGAAGCACAUGGUCCAAAUAGGCAUUACACGGUCAUACCACAAACUUAGAGGGGGGAUGAUGUGCUCACUUUGUGAAGCUGGGGCUGCCAACUUUGGACUACCAGCCUUUGAAGACACGCGGGACGAGCCAGAUUGGGCAGCUACGAUGGGAGUUUCAAGACCUUGGGAAACUCCUCCAGAACUAUCGAGGGUGCCCUACAAUCCAGUUGCGCCAGAACUGGCCUUCGCAUUGGAUGUGUUCCAUGUCUUUAAGGUUGGAAUAGCUCGAGACCUCAUCGGCAGCAUGAUUGUAACGAUGGCAAAGCUACAAUUUUUUGAUGAAGCGUCCGACCGCCGGAGCAAGAACUUGGAGCUUCGACUGGAGGCUGCACACGGCCUUUUCAGUUUGUGGUGCGCAUCAGAGCGUGUUACGCCUGGGCUUCGUUCAUUUGGGAAGCGUUUUUUCAACGUCAAGACCAAGGCAAGUUUUGCAUGGGCAAACACGAAGGGAAGUGAUUCCAUGCUAGUCUUGCGCUUCCUGAGGUGGCUUGUAGGGCUUCGAAUUUCAUCAAACGAUGGCUUGGCCCAGUCAAACCACCGCUUGCUGAAAACAUUUACAGCGACAGUGGAUUCUGCCCUGGAUGCUUUUGGCAUCAUGCAUUCGCAUGGUCUUUGGCUAUCACGCCCUUGUGGGCAAAUUCUCUAUGUAAAGCUGAUGUGCUUGCUCAGGGGGUACAAGAAGCUAGCCCGAAUUGUGUAUGACAUGAAGCUGACUGGUUUCGGGUUGAAACCCAAGGUCCAUGCACUCCAUCAUGUCGCUUACACUCUUCGCAGGUCUCUCCAACGUGGGGCUGUCCAAAUUCUUUCUCCAAUUUCUACUGCUUGCAAGCAGAAUGAGGAUACAGUGGGUUUGGUUGCGCGCUUGUCAAGACAGUUGAGCGCAAGAGGCUUGUCGUGCAGAAUCCUUCAGAGAUACUUUUACAAAAAAAGGGCACUUCUAAACAGAAGCCGGCCUAAGCGAUGA